GACGUCGAUGAACCACCGGAACAGGGGCGUACCCCGCGCCCAGCACCCUUGCAAAUCCAGAGCUCGUCGACAGCUUCCUUUGCGAAGAUCUCGAAACCAGCGAUCGACCGCAAGACGUCGCUCUUGACUACAGCGUUGCAAUCGGCUUCGAACACGAGCUCCCCCGUUGACGAGCACUCCGACCGGGACCCGCCUCGUGGCCUGUCAUGCAUCUCAACGUGGAGUAACAGCACAAUUUCGACCGCCGAUCUGACCAGCGACGGAGGCUUCACGAGCCCAGGAACGAGGACCUGCACGCCCAGCCCGCCGUUGCCCUCCACGAUGAUCCAUAACAUGUUGCCACCCUUCACAAGAAAGCCGUCCGAGCAGCGAAUUACUCUUGUUGGCCAGGACAACGAUACGUUGGCAGCGCCGAAACCGACAGCACCUGUUGGUGAGCAGGGGGUUGAGGCAACAUUGGGCCGGAAGAGAUGCAUUAUGUUUGCAUGUGGCGGCAAGAAGGAGGAGAAGAAGCCUGUAGAAGCACCUGCAAAGCCAUCAACACCUCCGCCCGCCGAGGAGCCAACCAAGCGCGCCUGUACUAUCAAGUUCGCCUGCGCUAAGCCCACAGCGCCCACGUCUGAUGACGAGCCAAAGCGUCCUCGUACUAUCAACCCGGCACCACCACCUCGCAAGAUACCCGCAUCUCCAAAGCGAUCACCAAGAGCUCAUCGUGACUCGGACUCUACGGUGCGCAACAACUCUCCCAUCAGCGUUCGCAAGGUUCCGAUGGUCGACCGCACCCGCCGUCUGAGCCAGAAUUCAGAACUCGCCCGCACUGAAGCCUACCGUUUCCACGAGUUUGCAAGCUCAGAAGAAGAGAUCGAAGAGUGGACACAGGAGGUCACGUGCCAUCGUAGCCGUCUCACCGUCGGGGACACUCUCAGAGUCGAGAACAACCUCCGACAACUGGUCGAAGAGGUUGAAGAAGAGGCUCUGGAAGAUGACGAGGACGACGAUGAUGAUGCAGCGGACGAGGAUGACGAUGGCGAUGAUGAAGAUGACGACAACGACAGCGAUGCCUACAGCGAUAUCACCGAUGCAGGCUUCCAAACCGACGACGAAGAAGGCUUCGCAGUCUCAGACGACGAGAGUGGCGCUGGAUCCGAUUACGACUGGUGGGCACCAGGGGCUUCGACUGCAGCCACAUCCAUCGAUCACAUCGGAAACCUCCGGCCUAAGAACCACCGUACUGUCUCUGAAUCCUCCAUUGGCUCUCUGGAAAGCCGCAAGAACGGAUUGAAGAUGUUCGAGCGAUUUCAGGGCGAACGUGCGGAUGGUCCAUCAGCCCCGAAAGUCAAGCGCAAGAGGUCGAGGCCGGUAAACAUACGCGUACCAAGCCCCGGACUGCCAGAUAGCACUGAUUUCGUUUGCGGAACUCUCGACGAGGACAGGCCGGCUGAAGAGGCAUACAUCUCGAACAUAGAACGUCGCCGAGCAGCGAAACACAAGCCGGCUCCUCAGGACAUCGAUCCUAGUUUCCCAGCGUCAGACCCUGAGCUGGUAGAUGAUGACGAGGAAGACGAAGUGGACGACCUUGAGAACCCCUCCGAGAGCGACAACUAUUUCAUGAUGCACGGACGAAUGGACCUUAUCGACGGUGUACCACGCGGACGUCGCAGGGAUACCUUGAAGCCACGCUCUCCUCCCGCACACUCGCCAAAACGGCUGCGCUCGCCUGCUCCAGCCAAGCGUGGUGCUGUGCAUCGGUCACCUCCACCGCCUCGCACGCUAUUUGGUAAAUCGCCAGUAAGGGCACGCUCCCCAGUUCCUGUUCGUCUCCGAUCGCCGCCGCCAUCUCGCCGUGGAUCUGCCAAUAUCCUGGCGUCGAGACAGCGUUCUGAGAUGUCGAUUAAGUUCGGCGGGAUCGGCGAGCGACCAGCUCUGACUGUAUCGGCCUCGUUGCCCCGAACUCCCAUCACAGCUCACCACAAUCCUCUUGAGUAUGACGAUGAUGAUGAGCAGGGAAGUACCAACGACCUGCCUGUCCGUCGUGCCAUUGACAUCCAAGUCGGUCUUGAGCGGAAGAGGCAGCGUCGUAGGGAACAGCUGUACAGAAAGCAGCACCGCAAGAACGCCAAAGAGAAACGUCCACCACCGCCUGGGCGAGGUGCAGAGCGCAUGCGUGACGUUGGUCUGCAAAUGGCAGCCCACAAGGGCAAGAUAAUACCGUUCAACCCCUUCCACGUACCGGCAUCGCCAGACCAGGCGAACAUGCACGUGCUGUCGGUAUAA